AUGCAAAACGGGCACUUCUUCCACCCGUACCGCAUGCAGCAGCAACAACAAUACCGUCAACCGGGACAAGGAGACUGGAAUGCGUUCCACCAACGCCAGAUGCAAGUGGUGGCGGAUCCAAUGCCAAUGCCAGACUUUAAUGCUCAAAGGAGACAAGAAGAAAUGGACGCAUACGUCCAACGUCAAGAGGAGAGAAUUCGAAAACUUCUGGAAGAUCAACGUGUCAAAGACCACGAAGCAGAAACUCAGAGACUUCGAAGCAACGCCAUCAUUGCAACUCAGAACAAUGAGAAAGCAGAGUUGCAAAAGAAAAAUGAUGAACUGCACCGAAAAAAUGCAGACCUCAAUAUCGAUCUUGGCGUUGCUCGCCAUAGAAUUUCGGAUCAGAAUCUGAAGAUCAAUGCAUACGAGCAAAAAUUUGGAAUUUUGGAAUCUACAGAAGGAAACUCCUCAUCGUUGCCGUCUGUCCCUCCGCACCACCAUCGAGCUUUUCCAUCCCUUCCUUCUACAUCGGACAAUGAUAUCAUUGACGUUCCAGUCAAUGCAUUCGACGUCGUUGUCCAGUCAUGGAGGCAAUGGUGGUCGAUACAUGAAAAACCACUUCCUGGAGUCGAUGUUCAUCACUUUGUAUUCGAUCCGCGAAAAACCAACGUGCUACCUCAGAGAGUGGAGAAGCCCUCCAGUAAUUUGAACUUGUACCGUUUCAUGUUCAAAAUCAAUCACAAGGGAGACAAAUUGAGAGUUGACGACGCUUGGGCUCAAUUGAGCAAAGAGGAAAGAUUGGAAUGGAGGAACCACUGCGAGACUCUCAAAAUGUGGCAGAUCUACCAGAUCCAGCAUGGCUGGAUUGUUCAUAAGCGGCCGACUGUAAAGAAGGAAGUGGUCACUUAUGAUUAUCCUGCUUGA